GUUUCGAAAAACUGAGGGCUAAUUUGUUGUUGGAAUCAAACUCUGUGGUUAUUUUGCAAUAUGCUGCCAGUUUUCCUCGUUCGACCUCUAACUAUCCGGUUUAUCUGAACCGGGUUUUCUUGUUCGACCUCUCACAAUGAGGGAUCCUGUGUUCGAUACCCCUACGAAGUACGAAGUGAUUACUGUUCUUUUUGCUGGGACUCGAAAAAUGCCUGUGAGAGUGGUGGAGAAUUCGGCACCUUCUCAGGUUUCAGGUGCAAAUCCUGGCCACACAUCACCCCCUGCUUGUACACUUUUAAGUGUUGGACAGGCAUUUUCUGGAACUCAGAAUGUUUCUAGCCUACAAAAGGACGAAGCAUGGAGAGUUAACGUGAGAAUCCAAGGUUGUGACCUUGAUCAUGGUUACCUUUGUGGCACAAUGGAAGCUCUUAAUGUUCCAAUGGCAGACACACCAGUGGUAACCUUCUGGGAAGGGGAAAUUGUUGAUGCAAAGAAUCAUACAUUCUUCACUGGAAAAUGGGAAGCAACGUCAGAAGUAGACAUAAGGCACUGGACCAAGUUUCCAUCUUUCUCUCCCCUUUUGAGCCAAGUGGAAGUUGAUGGCGGAAGAUCUCUCGACCUGAGUAGCUAUCCCUACAUAUUCAUGAGAUGGAAAGAGCAGUACUUCGUGAAUGUUGGAACUGACUGUGGGUUAACUAUAGCUGGUUUUUACUAUGUUUGCUUCUCUUGUAGUGACGGCUCCAUCAAUGGCUUCUAUUAUGAUCCAAAUAGCAGUCCAUUCCAGAAACUUGAGCUGAAAUCCAACCAUGAAGGAAGGUCGGGUUUCAGUUUCUCUUCAUAUGAGUUGCAGUAAACGAGACUGGGAGAUUGUUUCUCCGUCUGGCGCCAGAGAGAUUUUGGGCAUUCCGUCAAGCAUUCGCCCCCUGUGCAGUGGUAUUUACGGGUAGUUGUGUUACAAAGUUCAUGAAAGUUUAGGUGGCAGUCGUUGGAUGAACAAAGACCAGUAGAUGUGCCGUGCUUCUCCAUUGUUUGUAUUGUAUACUCAUUCCCAUUGUUUAAACAUAUAACGGUAGAGUUCAAUUCUAAAAUUCUAGGCCUCUCUCUCUCUCUCUCUCUCUCUCUCUCUCUCUCUCUCUCUCUCUCUCUCUCUCUCUCUCUUAAUAGGUGAAAAUUUUGGCAACUUGUAUGAAAGUUGUAAUAUUUUGGCUUUUA